AUGUUUAUGACUUGUGUCGCAGAAGGAAAUCAAAUCAAAGCAAGCUAUUAUCAUACCCUUAUUAAUUUUUAUUUGGAUAACGAAAAAACCUUGAGAAAUAGAUUUUAUGCUAGUUUAGUCCAUCACAAGACUCUAGUUUCGGCCAGAUUUAUGAAAGAAUUGAAUAAUAUGGAAAAUCUGUUGGAUAACAUGUACCAACUGUUUUUCUACUCUGUAAAUAGAAAACUCGAUGAAUUCUUACUGCCAGGUACUUGGGACUACAUGAGAAAUACCAAAAUUACUCCUCAAAACUAUGUACUCUUCAAACAAGUUUCUCACUUUAUAUUCAAGGCCCUCAUGAAACACAAAUCAGAAGCUAUGAAAGCUCUAACUGACUGCCACAGCGAUGGAUACUUUAAACAUCAGAGAUUGUUUACAACAAUUUUAUCAGAAGGGUAUGCAUUUUUAUUCUUGAAACAGAUUCAAGAAGUGAGCUAUUCAAUGAUGGAAGAAAGUGCACUCAGAAUAACCUUAUUGACUGAAAAUGAAUUGUUUCCAUAUUGCUUAUUUGCAGUUCUUUCACCUGUUGUGGAAGCUUGUGCAUUUCACUUGAAUGUUUGUAAAAUGGUGGAAAAAGGAUUGAAACCUAGAAAAGCCAGCAUUCUUACUUCCUCAGGACAAACCAUCACAUUUGACAGUUUCUCAAUUCUGGAGAAGGACUUUAGAGCAAUCAGCUUGAUGAGUAAACGAUAUAGACGAGUUCAAAAUAUGCACAAGGAUCUCAUUGAUGAAAUGACACAAGUUCUCAAUAGAAAUAUUUCUCCACUCAGUUUACUGAAAGAUAAUUUAUCAAUCAUCAGUUCCUCUGGUACACCAAACGAUGACAUUCCAUUGCAAAAUGAUGAAGUACUAAUGAGUAUUCUGAAACAACUCACCCAAGAGGAAGAAAUGACUCCUAGCUCCUCACUAAAUGAAGUAACUGAAGAGGCACUAACUCCUUGGGAUGAAAUCUUUGCAGAGGUAAUUUCAGAUGUAAGAUAG